UCUCGAUAAAUGUUGUUGUUAGGUGGGCUCUGCGCUUUCAGGGAAUCCAACUCGCCGGCAACUUGUUUAUCCCUAAAACACUGCGGAGCAGAAAAUGAACACCGUUCACUGGGUCCAAUCGUCGACCUGAUGACUAGAUAUGACAUUGCUAGCGGGCUACCGGCUCGGACACAGGUUUAGAUUUGAACAAACACACUACAAUUCACAGCGGUAUUUAAGGGUGAGCAUAGCAUUCAUUUCACAUCUCAGGUCAACGCACAAAGUUGAGAUGAGUUGCUCCGAUUGUGUCGCAGGAAAGCAGUACUUGGGUUCUCCCCAGGGCAAAACUGAGAUUCUCGGAGGCGUAUCUUGCUAUAUAGGCACUCCUACGGGCGAAUACGACAGCACGAAGGCCUUGAUCCUUUUGACGGACAUAUUCGGUGUGAAGUUUUCGAACAACUUAUUGCUCGUUGACGACUUCGCAAAGAAGGGCUACUGGACAAUUGCCCCGGACUAUUUGCACGGCGAUCCCGCCCCUCCCUAUGCUUUCAACAAUCCCAAGUUUAACGUCCAGGCUUGGACCCAGAAUCAUACCCCCGAAGUUACCCGGCCCCCUAUCGACAAAGUCAUACAAGCGUUGAAGGGCCAGGGGGUGACCUCUUUCGCAGUGACCGGAUACUGUUUCGGUGGUCGCUACGCGAUUGAUCUCGCAUGUGAUCAGGUUGUGGACGUCAUUGUUGUCGCUCACCCUUCGCAGGUUGUGGUUCCGACCACCUUCGAGACCUUCGCACAAAAAGCCAAGGCACCAUUUCUGCUUGAAAUGGGAAACGAAGACAACGAAAUUUCUGUGUCCCAGCAAGAAGAAAUAGAUGCCAUCCUUGGCGGCGGCAAAUACGCUCCCGGAUAUAAACGCGACUGCUGGCCUGGGUGUCCCCAUGGGUUUUCUGUUAGAGGAGAUAUGUUGGAACCCCAGCAAUUCGCCGGCAAGGAGGGGUCGUUCAUUAACAGCACUGCGUGGUUGCAGCUGUAUUUUUGAGGGGUGGGGUGUCCGCCUCCUGACACUGCCAAUGUUCUAGGAUGAUUUGUAGUAUAAAUUGCGCUUGCAUGAGUGAAGUUUACGCGGGCCAACUAGCUUCUAACAUAUUAAGGUCCUGCGAAUUGAUGGUGUUGUUCUGACAGUCCUUUAUCACAAGGUAUUGAGCACUCGCUUCCUGAACUGACGACGUAUCCAGCACAUCUGGCGCUUGUCUGGCACAUGCAAUACGGGAAGGAUUUAAUAAAUGUUAUUUGAGUACUCUCGCAUGGUUUCUCUACUCGUGAUGCCCUAUUGACUGCAUGGUCUCCAC